UAUAUAUAUCGUCCAAAACAUAGCUGUUUUUCUUCAUAUUGGAUCUUUCUGGAAGGAAGGAGCACGCAGCAAGCCCUACCCCAACCCAAACCCUAAAUCGCAAUCUUCAUUUCGAUUAUCUUCCUCUACUACUUCCUUCAGUUAUCAACUGUUGAUUUACUUUGAUCAGACGCUGAUUUGUCCGUACUCGAUUCGGGGUAGACUGCUGCUGCGGGGUUUCUUCUUUCACAUAUAAGAUGCACUUCCGGUCAUCAUUUGAUCCAAAUGCAGUUUUUGAGUUGGUUUUGGAGUAUAAAUGGACACCAAACGAUUCAUCCAGAUGGUUGAGGAGAAGAAAAAGAAGAUCAUGGAGAGAAAGGAAGCCCCUUUGAAAUGGGAGCAGAAGCUGGAAGCUGCUGCUGAAGCCAAAGAGAGAAAACUUAAGGCUACAAAGCAUAGAAAAAGGUCAGUUUCUGAUAGUGACAGUUAUUAUGACAGCGAUGAUGAGAGUAAUAGGACAAGUAAAAGAUCUCAUAGGAAGCACAGGAAGCAUUCUCACUAUGACUCUGGUGACCAUGAGAAAAGGAAAGAAAAAAGUUCGAAAAGGAAAACAAAGAAAUUGUCUUCAGAGUCUAGUGAUUUUAGUAAUGAUGACUCCGAGAGUAGCUUUGAGGAGGAGAGGAGAAGAAAGAAGAAGCAGUGCAAGAGGCUGAGAGAUCGAGGUUCAAGACCAGAUUCAAGUGACUCGGACGAAGGUGAAAGUCCGGUUCGGAAAAGAAGUCAUGGAAAGCAUAGCAAACGCCAUCGACGAUCAGAGUCUAGUGAAUCUGACUUGUCAAGUGAUAAAAGUGAUGAUGCUCUACGAAAGAAAGGCCACAGCAGGCACCAUAAACAUCAUAAGCGAUCACAUAACGUGGAGCUGAGGUUGUCUGAUUCUGACUAUAACAGUAAUGCUCAAAGAAGCAGAUCAAAGUCAUUAGAAGAAAAUUCUGAAGAUCAAAACAAAAGAUCAAUGCAUAAGAAGCCUAGUCGCCAUCAUCGUCACCAUCACCACCACCAUCACCACAAACACAGGCACCACUUAGAUGAUGAGAGAAAUCACAGGCGGCAGCACUCCCCGAAAUCCAGUGGCAAGUAUGAUGAGCAAUUUGACAAAACUGAAACCGAGAAAAGGGAUGGUGAUCAGCAUGAAAGUAAGCUAUGAAUGAGAAUAAUGAUGACCAAAUUGUUUGAUUAUUUAGAAUCUAUCCUGUUGUGUGUCGUUGUUCAUUAGUGGAAUUGACAUUCAAAUUAAAGUUAGACAUUUCAUUGCCAUGUCGAAUGUAAUUGUUGAAACUUUGCACUUGGUUAUUGUUGGCUGAUAACAUUAAUUUGACCCAUUUUCAGCUAUUAACAGCUA